AUGAAGUUUUCGGAUGAAAACAGCGAUUCCGAUGAUGAGGAUGACGUGUAUCUACUACACAACUUGGCAGAACAAGGCCAUGUUGAUCGUUUGCAUUCACUAUUGCCGCUGUCAUCCGCAGCUUCUAUCCCUACUCCUCGCUUGAGCGUCCUCUCGAGCGAGACGAGUCUCCUAGAAAAGGACGACAUGGGAUUUCUACCACUGCACGUGGCUGUAAUACACCAACAAGUCGAUUUUGCGCUGCAUUUGCUACGCUACUCACCUGCACUUACGAGCGCAAUGCUGCGACUGAAAGGAGGAGACUUUGGUACCCCUAUUUUGCACUUAGUUUUGCGAGUUGGAGCCAUAAAUUCCUCGUGCAGUGAGAAGUUGAUGAAUGAGCUCUUUCCUAGAGACAAGCAGGAAGAGAAUAGCGAAUUCUACGGAGAUGACAUGCGUAUUCUGUUGUUUGAAAAAAUAGCGGAGAUAGACGACGAGGGCAGUACCGUGUUUCAUCUGUGUGCUCGUUAUGACUUAGUAGCGUGUAUGGAUAUGCUGACCUCGUUUUACGAGCGACAAUUUUCUGUGCUUGCUGAGGAAAAGCACAAUGUAUCGGAUUUAAAGACGCUGUUGGAAAAAGGCAACAGGGUAGGAUUUCGGCCAUUACACGAAGCCAUGAAGUACCAAGCAGCGGGUGUGGCUAAAAUGCUUGUGAGUAAAUAUAACGUGGACCUUAACCUUGUCACAUCAUUGCACCAAACACCGGUACACGUCGCGGCGCUUGUCAAUUUUACUGAGGGUUUCGAGAUCUUACGACAUUCGCCCCGAAGUAUCGCAUCCACUUUGACUUAUAAGGAUAUAUAUGGAUUCACUGCUGCUCAAGUGGCUCACAAUUGUGAAUAUUAUGCGCUCGAAAAGUGUUUACUCGAGGCAGAAAGAGGCAAAGAGUAUGUUGUGGAAGUGGCUAGUCAGGAAACAUUUGGUGCUCAAACUGUCCAUACGCAGUUCUUCUUUCACCCUGAAGCAUGGAAGCAUUUGCCGAUGGCAUACCAUAGACGUGGUGGACCUGAUCUUCCUCCAGAAAACCCCGAACGAAUUAACACAUUGGUUGACCCAGUAUUUGGAAUUCUUCGCUCACGUGAAUUUAAAAGAAAAGACGUAAAAUGGGAGGAAGAUAUCGAGCGUGCUGACAUUGCCGAUAUUUUACGGGUGCAUGAAUAUAACUAUGUCGACCUUUUGCGUCAGAAUUGUGCAUCUCUUGCUACCUUUGUUGGUAAUGAGAAGCAUAACACUUCUAAAUUCGGCUUAAGUAAUCACAUACUUCCAGACGAGGCCAACUCAGCGGUAUCUUGCAGUCUAGAUGAUGCCGGGAAACGCCCUACCACAUUUAUGUUAGAUUCGGAUACUGCUUUGUCAGCUUGCUCUUACGAUGCAGCCAUACGUGCCGCUGGAGCCGUGUGCAAAGCGGUUGAUGAAGUCAUAGCAGGCAAGUGCAGAAAUGCUUUUUGUAUUGUGCGACCACCUGGCCACCACGCUGGACCUGUGGGUAAAGUCGUCUGUGAGAAUGACCCUGAAGGAAGUUUAGGUUUCUGUCUUUUUAAUAAUGUGGCCGUUGGUGCUGCAUACGCACGCGCACACUUCAAGAAUCGCGGUAUAAAUAAGGUCGCUAUCCUCGAUUUUGACGUGCAUCACGGGAACGGCACCGAAGAGAUCGUGCGACAGUUGGUGCCAUCUGUAAAAGAAUUGAGCUACAUGACGCCAUACGGCACUGGAAAGCAAAUUGUGCAUCAAUACAAACCCUGGCGCACUGAAAAUGAUUCGAGCAAUGUUUUCUUUUGUUCAGUGCAUGGAUACGGCCACAAAGAUCCAGAAAAUAAGGAAAUUCUGGAUGAAGGGGAGACUCGAGGCUGGUUCUUCCCUGGAUCUGGUGGCUCGAGCGUCAAAGAGAACCCCAUGAUCUGGGACGAAGGCCUACCAUUUUGUCGUGAAGGUUCACCCGCUUCGCGUCUCAAAUGGCGCUGUGCAUUUCGAGAUCGAGUUUUACCCAAAUUGUGUAAAUUUCAACCGGAUUUAAUUUUUUUGUCAGCCGGAUUUGAUGCCCAUAAGAAAGAGCUUGUGAAUUGGGGGUACGGGUCGCUGUUAGAGCAAGAUUACGAGUGGCUGGUGGACCACGUAAAGCAAGUGGCAAACACGUGUUGUGAAGGUCGACUGAUUUCUGUCCUUGAGGGUGGCUAUAACUUUCAUGGCCGUAUGGUUUCACCCUUCGCGCGCAGUGUCGCGGCUCAUACACGCGCGCUCAUUAAUCCUUCACGAGAGCGCUGGAAUGAAGACAAAAUUUCAAAGGAAAGCGCUUACGAACAAGCAUUACUGGCAAAGUAUCUGAUGCCCGCUGGGGCUUCAGUUACAGGCUUGACUAUGUUACAAAAGAAGAAACGUGACAAGAGCAAGACGACAAUGAUGCGGGGCAAACGCUUGAGGAAAGAGGUGGAUUACGUGGCACUGGCUAAGGAACUGGCACUUCAACAAUCCGAGCAAGAGCUCACUAAUUAG